GUCAUCUUUUCAUUACGUCACGUGUUUAUAUAUGCAGCGUGGUGUAUAUACGACUACGUAAAUACACUCUGUUACAGCCACAGAGACGGUAUUGUUAUAUCUCUUAUUGAAAAUGACAAAAUUUCUGACGUUUGUCUUGGAAUUUCAUUAGAAAAUUACUUAUUGUUUAAAAAAAAACUCUUUUAAAGAUGGGAAGCUAUAUGAGUAGAAUUGCGUCUAUGUCAAAUACGGCAGUACAUUCUGUUUAUCGAGGUCGUAAACGAAAAUGCAUCGAAGAGGAUGAUUUCGAUUCUGAAUCUGAAUACAUCGAUCGAACACUUCAAACGCCUAAAAAGAGAAAAUUACUUACAACCGCACAAUAUAUAUAUAAGACUUUGUUCCAAGAAGAGAAAGGAAGUGAUAUAACUGUGUUCAUGUUAGGAAGAGCAUGGAGAUUACAUAAAGUUUAUAUUAGUCAAAGUCCAUAUUUUGCAAGUAUGUUUUCUGGAUCCUGGAGAGAAGCAAAUGAAACUGUAAUUAGCGUUGAAAUUGCUGAUCCUAAUAUCACAUUAGAUUCUCUUUUAACAGUAUUAGGAUCAUUUUACCAAGACGAAGUCAGCUUAGAGCCAAAAGAUGUCAUUUCAAUUUUAGCUACAUCUACUUUAUUUCAAUUACAAGGAUUGAUUGAUCAAUGCACCGAUAUUAUGAUUGAAACUACAAACAUUAAAACUGUUGUUCCAUAUUACAAUGCAGCGGUUUCAUACGGUGUGCCUGCAGUUAAAAUGGCUGCUAAAAGAUGGUUGGAAGUUAAUUUGUUAGGAUACGGAUGGUUACAUCCAACAUUUUUACAAGAAAUUACUCCAGAUUUAAUGGCAGAAUUAAUUGUUAGUCCGGAUUUGGUGGCUAUGCAAACAGAAUUUUGUAUAUAUAUGAUGCUACGUGUAUGGCUGUUUGUACAUCUAAAAAAUAGAGAUGAGACAGUAGAGAUGGAUGAAUACUUUAGAAACCAUACAUGGACAGAACCUUUUCUAACAACAGAGGAAGGCAAAGAAUAUGCAACUCCUUUCAAAGCUUUAAGAAUGAAAUAUCUACUUUUACAUGAUCAAGAUGUUAAAAUUUUAUACAGUGAUGAUUUAAUACCUCCUAGUUGGUUACAUGAUGCAUAUAAAGAACAAUGGUUACAUUUAUUAAGAAUUGAUGCUAGCAAAGAUAAAGGACCUAAACAAAUGAGUGAGAAAGAAUUUUAUCAAGAAUGUUUUCGAUGUGGCCGAUGUGUUGAGAAACCCGGUGAACAUAUCUGGAGAUGGACAGCAUUUCAUUUUGGACUGGAUCUUGUUGUAUGUUUAGAUACUACAACUUUGCGUAUCAAACGAAAUCACAGAUUAGAUACAGAUCAUAUUAAAGCAAAUCAUAAUAAACAUAAUAUUAUUUUAAAGGUAACAUUGAUUUCAUUGGAUGAACAACGGCAAAUUAAACAUAUUCAAUCUUCCGGAAUGCUUAGGUUAUCACUACACAAAAAUGAAGAGAAACAGGUGAUGUCUCUGGAUAAACAAUUAACGUAUCCUUUGUACAUAUCUGUUAAUAUGCAAGUAGUAACACCAUUUUUAUUUAAUGAGGAAGAGAAAUUAAAUGAUGUUAUGCUUGUGGAUACUUAGCAGUUUAAAGAGAUAAACAAAAUACAUGAGAAAAUGGGAAUUGAAAGGUGCUUUCAAUAAUGCUGACUAUAAAAUCACGAUUUUGUAAGUCUAUGGGUUUGUGGUUGAGAAUAUUUGAGUUUCAUUUUCAAUAAGAUUCUUCUAAUCUUCUAAUCAUCUAAUUAUAAUUGUUGAAAAUUGAGUGCUUUUUAGAUAUUAUAAAUCUAGUAUUAUGGUAUUUUUCUGGUCGGACCAAAGUGCUGUGUAAAUUUUAACUUGCAUUUAUACAUCAAAAUUAUAGCGUAAAUAUGUCACUUAAAGUUACUUAAAUACUUUCCUUUAACUAUAAAAUUUACUUAAGUAUUAGUUGAUCAAGAAAAAUCGUACAUUAAUAUUCGCGCAGAAAAAAUAUAUUCGUUUCUUAAAAUGAAGUUAAAUAUAAUUUAGCAGGUAUAGGAAGUUAUUUGUUAUUUUGUAAAAUGCAAAUAAUCAUCUUUAUAAUUGCACAAUUUACUCGAUUAUUCGUUGAGAUAAAGACUUCGUUAUAGCUAUUAAUUAUAUAUAGGAAAUGUAAAAGUUGCUGCCAUUUUAUUGGUCAUUUUACCAGGUAAUUUUUACAUUCAUAAUCGGUAUAAAAUCACUCUUGAACAUGGUCAUGCAAAGUUAAUUUUAAUCUUGAUAAUGAAAGUCUUACUUUUUUUACUAUAUCAAAAAUUUUAUCUGUCUAACAUCAAUAUCAAAUUUACGACUGUUUAAGAAUAUUCAUUGCCAAUGAUGCACUGAAAAAUUACUUGAUAAUGUAAUGAGAAAAUUUUUACACAUCCUGUAUGUAUAAAUCUGUCUAUGAAAUAAUUCUAAUACAUUGAUGAUACACUGCUAAAAUGCAUUAUACAUUAAUUUUGUAUUAAUGCAGUACCAAGAAAUACAUAUAAAAAGUUUGACAUUUCGUUACAUUAUUUUACGUAAUUUUAUUUAUUAAUAGCUAGGAUAUGAAGAAGUUUAUUAUUUUAGUAAUAGAAAUGCUUUCUAGUUCAUUUAGUUUUUAGAACAUACUUUAUAAAUCUGUUAAAAUGGAAAGCUUUUUUUAAGUUCUAUUGGAUAUUUAUCUACAAUUAGAUAUUAGUUGUAAGAGCGAAAUACAGAAAAAUAUAUGUUUGCAAUAUUAAAAUAUUGAUAUCAUUAUAUUUGUCUAAGCUUUGCAGAUUAUAUCAAUUUGGGCAAAAGCAAUGUAUCUAUAGUUAUAUCUAAAAUUUUUAACUAACUAUGUCAUUAAAUUACUUCAUAAAGCUUUAAUGUAGGAUUUGAUAUGCUUCUUAAUUGCUAUGGUUAAAGUUUAAUAUUUAUUUAACUUUACAUAUUAAUAUAUUCAUGAUGCAAACUAUUCUAACAUGAAAUGUCAAGUUGUAAAAGAACAUCUUAUUCAGCAUAAUUCAUAAUAGAUAAAAGAUUUGUAUUUGUAAAAAUUUUAUGAUAUAUUUUUACUAUUCAAAACAACUGUAAAUAUCAUAUAAAUUAUGUUAAUGCAGAUUUGGAUAUAUUUAACAUUUAUAUACACAAAAUAUAAUUAUUUAAGUUUCUAAAGAUAUAAGCGAUUUGAUUUACAGAUAGUCAAACAAAAGACAUUGUAUAGCGAUACUAUAUAGGAACAUUUGAUUUCAUGUAUCAUAUUUUCCAUAAAAUAUUUAUAUAAAAUCUCAUUUUUAACAAAACUUUAAUAUACCAGAUAAAAAAUGUACAUAUAACCUAUUACUAUUUUAUAUAUAUAUAUAUAUAAUGUAUAUAUAUAUGUAUAUACUUAUGCAUAUACAUGUAUAUGUAUAUUAUUUUUAUAUUUUUCUCACUUUUAUAUAUCUUUCUAACGCAAAUCAAACAAAAAUUUUGUUUACAAAUGAUUCAUAUGUAAAUGUGAAAGAAUAUUUUAAUUAACAAAAAGAAAACUUUUAUUUUCAUUUUUAGUUUCAUUUAUAUGAAACAGUAAAUGAAGUAGGGAUUUUUGGAAUAAGAAUAAUAUCAUUUGAUAUUCUUUUCCGUAACCAUUUAACACUUUAUUGGCAGAAUACUCUCUGUACAUUGUGUAUUUUGUGUACAAUAGAAUAUAUAAUUUGACAAUAAAUGUUACAAACAAAUUUAAAAAGUUUGACGUAGACAUUCUCUUGAUACGUUUUUAGGGGACAACCGGUAUUAUAACUAGAAUUCUUAAUGAAGCGUCAAGUUGCGAUCAUUAGUAUGUAUGAAAAUUUAACGCAUGUGUCAGAAUGUGUUAUUCCUCAAUUCGAUAUGCAUGAGAAGUGGGGCAGUGUCAUGAUUUGGAAAUGUGUGUUAUUGCAAUUUGAUCCACCACGAUUAUGUAAGAUGAUAUGUAUUGAAAUGCGCGAAAAUGCGCGACUUUAUGACCUAAGAGCAGAUGAAUUUGAAAUGACAAAUCAGAUUAAUGUAUUUCCAUUGUUAUAUUCAUUCGAGUAACUAAAGAAGCACAUUUUUGUUGUUUCAAACAUUUUCUUCCUUUACAAGAAAUUCAAAUCGUGUGCUCAUUUUUUGAAAUUAUUCCAAACUUUUCUGUAUUGCAUUCGUAAACAUACUUUAAAUUUAUAUUUAAGAAUAUAACUUUAAGCGUAAUCGAAUAAACGCGUAAAAGUCAUGACACGAGUAUUGGCAGAAAUAACAGUAUUAGAACACUAGAGGUGUUAAUUAGUUAUAAUCAUUAUUUUUAACUCUUAAUCGAAUUCGUCCGUUGGAAUUAAUUUAGAAAUUCGAGAUCCAAUUCGCGCGUUUUGGAUCACUUCGGAUCAGUCAUUAAAGACUAAAGGCGCUUGAUCGUUAGAGAUCGAACACGAAAAUUCUUGGUGUCUAAAUUAUUGUUUACAAGCGACACCAAGCGAAUCGUAGAACGAAGGAGAAACCAUUGCAAAGGAAAAACCAUUGUUUACAUAUGUAUUUCACAAAUUUUUAACAUCGACAAAGGACGUUGAGAUUCUUCGAACGGAAGAAAGAACACGCACGCGUCUUGAUUUCUCUCUUAUUGUUAAUUAUCUCCUGAUGUGUCAUAAAGAAGAGAAACUGAUGUAAACGAUUUUGAAUUGAAGAGGCAGAGAUUUAAUACCGCGUCGUUCAACGAUUUUAAAAUUGUCUCUAACUGGAUGUGUAUCAAAAGAAUGUGAGUCAACACUUUCAACAAUAGGACCUUAAGCUUCGUGCUUCCGAGUGCGUAUACGGAAUUCGCGUAUUCAUUUUUUUAAUUCAAUUUUGUCGUCAUUUUACAACGACUUACUUAUUUGAAAAUGCCAUACCCCCUCCACCCUAUUCUUCCCUACCUUCCUUCCUCCAUCCUACCCUCCCUCAAAGCCACAGGAAACUUCUAUCUUUUUUCGCUAUUGUUCCGUUUUCCUUGUUCUAUUGCUACCGUCGGUUGCUCUGUGUUCGCCGUAAUGUUCUUUUUUGUUGUUUUUGUUUUUUUUACUUACAAUUAUUAGUAUCGUUAUUUUAAUUGCAUUAAUAGUAACAGUAGCGAUAGUAGCGGUAUUACUGGUAAUAGUAGUUAGUAGUAGUAGUAGUAGUAAUAGUAGUGUGGUAAAUGUAAUGGCGACUGUUAACACUUGAGCAAUUACGAUGGCGGUGGUGACAUUGGUAGAGAUUUUUGUAAG